UGACAGCGACCAUGGCGGCGACCGAUUCGCUCGAAGAAAUUCAGUCAAUGCGCGAGUGUCUCAACCAGUUGCCUUCUAUCAAAGACAACCAACAGUUGGUCGCGACGACGUCGACAAUAGUGACGAAGCUCCGCAGUUUUAACGACGCCUUACCGCAACGAGACGUGCUGCAGAGACUGUCGCUGCAAGUGCAACCGUCGCUGGUCGACGUCGUCUCCAUUUCGGAGGAAAUCGCCGGAGGCAACGACGAGAACAGGUGGAAACUGGACGAAGCGACGAGGCGGCUGUCAGCCAAUCUGUGUGACGUCGAGUCUGUGUUGGUAGAGGAAAUGCGUGACGACAGGAGUGCGGAAGAAACGUUGACACAUUAUAGAGCGAAAUUAGAGGAACGGAGAGAGCGGAUGGGAAAGUCUGUCGUCGGGGAGAAAUUAGAGAGCACGCUAGAGUCCUCACGUGAGGAGCUCUCUCACGGUGUUGAUCAUCUUGAGAAGGCGUUGGCUCAUCCUAGCCCUAAUAGAGAUGAUGUUACUAGACCUGCUGCUGUAGUGGCGAAGGCUGUCUGUUCUCUACUUGAUGUUGCUGAUACAUAUUUUCAAACUCCAUUGGUGUAUCGGUCUGAGUUGUAUGGACAUACUAUGAGUGUUAUAAGGAUUGCAAAGAACUACAUUCUUGAUGUGGAGGAGAUGAAGACGGCAGUUUCUCGUCUGACUGUGUCUGUUCAAUCAAUAAGAGAACAGUGUCAGAAUCAAAUGGGCAGGUCGGCGUCCCUUCAAAUAGAGGUCGAGUCUUUGAAGCAGGAUGAUGCAAGCAGCGAUGGCAGUGGCAGAUGUGUGACAGACAGUAAUGAGACCAGUUUGAGACAAUCACCAAUAAUCUUAACAGCAAAGGCAUUGUAUGACUUUGACAUGGAAGACAAGGAAGAAAACCUUCAGUUCUUUAAGGGAGACAUUAUUCAAGUUACGAAAAGGAAUGAAGGUGGGUGGUGGGAAGGAAGAAGCGGUGUAAAGACUGGAGUGUUUCCAGCAAGUUUUGUGCAGGUAAUAGGAGAGCAGCCUACACAGUCGCCAUCUCACUCAGCGACAAAACUUACACCAAAUUUGAGUCUGGCAGCACUGAGAACUGGACAGCCAACUUCGUCAGACCAAGAGGAUGUUGGGUCACUUUCUGAGAGACGCUCUAGCACUGGAAAUGGAAAGCUAAGAGUACAGCAUCAAUCUCCGUCAGCAUCAGAUUCUGGGCAACUUCCUGCAUAUGCAACUAGCCGCCGUGUCUACACCUGGUCAGGAGAUGAUGGAGGUCAACUUACACAGCCUGUGCACAAGGAGGGAAUUAUGAAGAAAGAAGGCGGACACCACAAGUCGUGGAAAACACGGUGGUUUAUAUUGGAUCAUGAGAAAAUUUCGUACUACAGACCGACACAAUUGAAAUCUCCAAUGGGCUCUAUAGGGUUACGAGAUUAUAAAUUUGCAGCGGUUACCGGAGAUCGACCUGGACAUCAAAAUUGCUUUAAUUUAGUGAGCAGUGGAGACAAACGAAUCUACUACUUUUCAACAAGUUCACGAGCAGAAAUGAAUGAUUGGAUUCUUCAUAUCAAUCGUGCCAUCAAGAAGCGUAAGAUAUCAUCAGCCGGACAAAUUGGUGAUGAAUCGGCUCAUGCCGAGUUUGAAGGCAGCAUGGGCAAGGUUGCUGCUGCCGAGUGCAUAGAGUACUUGUUGGUUGAGGAUCGGAUUGGACACGAAGGAUUGUUUCGAAUCAACGGCAAUGUUGGUCAAGUGAAACGCUAUCUGCAAGCUGUGGAUCAGGGAACAGUACCUCCUGUAGAGGAGAUUCACAAUCCACACACAGUGGCUAGCAUAUUGAAGCAUCUUAUCAAGGAACACAAAGUGAAAGUACUGGUCGUGUCUUCGAUAGCGAGGGAACUGUAUCAAGAAGUUGAGAAAAAUUGUGCACCAAUGGCUGCUCGUUCCUUACUUUUUGGAGUCCAUGGUUUCAGACUACUCGGUGGGCUCAUUCGUCUCUUCAGCGAGGUCCUUGCUGUUCAGAAAUCCGGGAAGAGAAGCGUGACUGUGGAUGAUUUAGCUCGAGCAUUUGGAGUUUAUGUCUUUGAAGACCUCAAUGUUCAGGAAGCUGUCGUUGUGCUGCAGUAUCUUCUGUCAGUGCAGGGUGAAGUAUUUGGUUGAUUAAUAAAGUUGGAUAGUACAGUAGUUUAAUCCAGUAGUUAACAAGGCCAGCUGCUACGUAUCAAUAAUACUGCACAAGUGUAGAAGUAGAAGUGUAUAUGGACUGUGCGUUUUAGUGUAUUGUUUUUGGAGGUUUGAAAGAACAGAGAUUAUGAUGUAUGAAGAGCAAA